AUGGAAAACUCAAAGCUGGAAUCGACGCCUCCCUACGAGUCGCGGACGGAGAAGGAGGUUGAUAUCAAGGAGUUGAGAUACGGUGAGGCCGCCGAUGUCUAUGGAGACUCGGAGGCUGCCGAUCGAUAUGGUUAUGUCUCUCGAGGAUUGAAAUCGCGUCACAUUCAGUUCAUUGCUCUCGGAGGAACUAUUGGUACUGGUCUUUUCCUCGGUAUUGGACGUGCCCUUACUCAGGGUGGUCCUCUCAGUAUCCUACUCGGUUAUACCAUGACUGGUUUUGCGAUCUUUGGCAUGAUGAUGUCUCUUGGAGAAAUGGCAACCUGGCUUCCUCUUCCCGGUGCUAUCCCCCAGUUCUGCACCCGUUAUGUGGAUCCUGCCAUGGGCUUCGCUGUUGGAUGGAAUAACUGGUACCAAUGCUCCAUUACGCUCUGCGUCGAAAUUGCUGCUGCCUCCGUCAUCAUCCAGUUCUGGAACGGAGCAGUGCACAUCAACGUUGCCGCCUGGAUUUCUCUUCUCAUCGUUUUGGUUCUGUGCCUGAAUGUCUUUGCUGUCGCUGUGUACGGUGAAGCUGAGUUUAUUUUCGCCAGUAUCAAAAUCGUCACCAUUGUCGGCUUGCUUCUCCUUGCCCUCAUCAUCGACCUGGGCGGUGUCGAUGGUGACCGCCGGGGAUUUAGAUACUGGAAAAACCCCGGAGCGAUGAAUGUGUACAAGGGAGAGGGCGCGAAAGGGCGCUUCCUCGGUUGGUUCUCAACUCUCGUCAACGCUGCAUUUUCGUUCGGUGGCGUGGAGAUGGUGGCCUGCGCGGCAGGUGAGGCCGCAAACCCCAGACGCAACAUCCCCAAGGCUGUACGACGAGUUUUCUGGCGUAUCUUGUUUUUCUAUGUCCUUGGGUCCCUGGCAAUCGGUGUCCUCGUCCCGUUCAACGAUGAACGUCUUUUGGAUGCUCAGGAGAAGGAUGCGCCUGGUGGUGCUGCCUCCCCAUGGGUCAUUGCUAUCUAUCGCGCUGGCAUCCCGGCAUUGCCUUCGAUUAUUAAUGCUGUGAUCUUGACUUCUGCUUCUUCGUCCGCCAACGCUUUCUUGUACACUGGAAGCCGAUAUCUGUAUGCCCUUGCUCAAAGUGGACAUGCUCCAAGAUUCCUUUUGCAGUGUACCAAGUCUGGCGUGCCGAUUUACUGCGUCCUUAUCACCGCAAGUAUCUCGUUGAUCACAUACCUGUCUUGCACGGCCGGUUCCAACGUGGUGUUUAUCUGGUUCCAGAACCUAACCACAAUCGCCUCCCUUUUCACCUGGUGCUCAAUUUGCGUUGCCUAUAUCAAAUUCCACGCUGCACUAAAAGCCCAGGGCGUCGACCGCAAUACCCUGAUAUUCAAGACACCAUUCCAACCAUACACCGCUUGGGUGUCUCUCAUUUACUUCAGUAUUAUCAUUGUUUUCAAUGGUUUCUAUGCCUUCAUUCCAUUUUCUGCUCGCUCGUUUAUCACGGCAUACAUUGGUAUCCCUAUUUUCUUCGGCCUUUAUAUCUUUUGGAAGAUCUUCAAACGCACACCGUGUGUGUCUGCUGCCGACGCGGACCUCUUCACAGGAAAAGCUGCCCUGGAUGCCGUGGAGUGGCCAGCAGAAAACCCGCGAAAUUUACUUGAAAAGAUAUGGUUCUGGAUUGCAUAG